AUGCUGCACAGGUUUCUCUCUUUUCGGUAUACAACCCCUGAAAUUCACAAUGAGGUCUCCCUGCCGCCCGCGUUUCGGUCUCCACUCAAGCUCCUGUGUGGCCCACACCUGCCCAAGAUGAGUCACCAACGAUUCCCUUCGCAUGAGGUCAAGGAGCCGCAUUCAGUGUCGCUCAAGGUGUUGAGGUUAUCCCGACCGUCGCUGGUGCCGCAGUUCCCACUUCAUCCUCCAGUGAUUCCGCCGUCCUUGACCUCUCCCAUAGCCGGCUCCGUGCCCGCAGCCCUUCCACAACGCCAUUUACCACCCCUACCGGCAUCGCUCGCGUAUAGCCCGCUCGGUCCGAUCAAGAAACACGGAGAAGAGGCACAGGGAUCUGAAAGCGCAGGCGGCGAAAGGACAAGAGAUGGAUACUACAACACCGAGCCCUUCAUCCUCUCUCCCAUCGUCAACCUCCCACCCUCGUUCGGGUCUGCCUACGUAGGCGAGACGUUCAGCUGUACUCUAUGCGCAAACCACAAUGCUCCGCCGAUCGGAGAGGGCGGCACCAGUGUGAAAAAGACGAUCCGCGACGUCAAGAUCGAAGCCGAGAUGCAAACCCCUUCGGGGCAAACGACCAAGCUAGUCCUGGUUGAUACAGCAGGGGAUGAUAACGCCGGGUCAGGGUCAUCAGCAGCGAAUACCGACAACGACAACGCCAUCAUCACCAGUAGUAACGCCAGCGGGAGCGAAGACAACAAUCAAACAACAGAGACACAGGCAGAAACAGAAACAGUAGCAACCCUCGACCUCCUCCCACCCAACACCACCCUCCAAAAGAUCCUCAACUUCGGUCUCAAAGAGGAAGGAACCCACGUCCUAGGCGUCACGGUAUCGUACUACGAGGCCACCGAGACCAGCGGGCGCACGAGGGCGUUUCGGAAGAUGUACCAGUUCAUCUGCAAGCCGUCGCUGAUUGUUAGGACGAAAGCCGGGCCUUUGCCUUCUUUGCCUCCUGGUAAAGCGGGGAAAAGGAGGAGGAGGAGAUGGGUGCUGGAAGCACAGUUGGAGAAUUGUUCUGAGGAUGCGAUUCUUUUGGAGAAGGUCAAGCUGGCGGAGGUGCAGAGGGGGUUGAAGUGGAGGGAUUGUAAUUGGGCGGGGAUAGGGGUAGGUGGUCAGGGGGAAACAACAACUACCGGUGAGGGGGAGAAGGGGAUCUCUCAACAAGGUCAUGGUCAAGGUCCUCCUCGACGACCGUUUUUGCACCCGGGGGAGUCGGAACAAUUGUGCUUUAUAAUUGAAGAGAAAGAUGGAGGAGGAGGAGACGGAGCCGAACAAGGGGGAGAAGAGGAGGCGGUUGAGGUCGAGGAGAAGAAUGGGAGAAUAGAGUUUGGAGUCAUGGCGCUGGCGUGGAGGACGGAGAUGGGUAAUAGGGGGUCGUUGUUGACGCUGAAAUUGGGAACUAAACAUGUCAAGCCUCGAUGA